AUGGCACUGAGAUUUAUGAGCAACGAAGAUGUUCAGCCGAAUGGAACCAGUCAAAGGAUCUACGACAGCAAAGCUGUGAUGGAGGCAAGUUCCCUCGAAAUGCUAUUGGAGGAAAGAAAUGAAAUACCAUCUCCACUUCAAAAACACUUUUUUGGAGCGAAUAUUCCAGAAGAGGAUAGGAAGAUGUUUUAUGUCACGAAGUGA